AUGUACUACAAGGUGCGGAAAGGGGCCGGCUGCUACGAGGAGAAAAAGUCCCGCAGCUACAAGGAGCAUCGAGGCCGGGCCGGGGAGGCGGCGGGGCCCUGGCCGGGCUGCGGGCGGCUGCGGCCCUCCUCGUACCGGGCGCUGCGCAGCGCCGUCUCCACCCUGGCGCGCAUCGACGACUUCUACUGCGAGAAGAUCGGGGCCGGCUUCUUCUCCGAGGUCUUCAAGGUGCGGCACCGCCAGUCGGGGCAGAUCAUGGUGCUGAAGAUGAACAAGCUGAUCAGCAACCGAGCCAACAUGCUGCGGGAGGUGCAACUGAUGAACCGUCUCUCGCACCCCAACAUCCUCAGGUUGAUGGGGGUGUGCGUGCACCAGGGACAGCUGCAUGCGCUGACAGAGUACAUCAACGGUGGGAACCUGGAGCAGCUGCUGGACAGCGCUGUGCCCCUCUCCUGGUCCAUACGUGUCAAGCUGGCGCUCGACAUUGCCUGUGGCCUGCGCUACCUGCACUCCAAGGGCAUCUUUCACCGUGACCUCACCUCCAAGAACUGCCUGGUGCGCUGCGAGGCCAAUGGCUACACGGCUGUAGUGGGUGACUUUGGCUUGGCGGAGAAGAUCCCCACCUACAGUGAGAACAGCGAGAAGGAGCCUCUGGCUGUGGUGGGCUCCCCGUACUGGAUGGCACCUGAGGUGCUGCGAGGGGAGAUCUACAAUGAGAAGGCCGAUGUGUUCGCGUACGGCAUCAUCCUGUGCGAGACCAUCGCUCGUAUCCCCGCUGACCCUGACUACCUGCCCCGCACCGAGAAUUUUGGUCUGGAUGUCGCCACUUUCUGCACCAUGGUGGGAAUCGACUGCCCGGCAGCCUUCCUCCAGCUCGCUUUCCACUGCUGCAGUAUGGAGCCCACCUCCCGCCCCUCAUUCCUGGAAAUCACACAGUGCCUGGAGGGCAUCCUGCAGCACCAGCCAGGCGCUGAGGGCACCGGGGCCACCCUCUCUUGCAGCGGGGAGAGCCUGCCUACGCCUGGGACGGCGGGCACGCUCAAUGGGGUAGCCGGGAGGGCAGCCGGCCGCGCCGAGCAGUCGCCCCUGCGCGAGCUGGGGACGCAGCACCUACAGCCAGACCAGCGCCUGUCUCGCAGCCAGUCCGACAUGUUCUCCCCCAAAUCGCCCACGCUGCUGCAGCCCCCGGAGCCUUGUGGCGAGGCCAGGACCAAGGAGACGUCCCCCCGCGUCAAUCCCUUCUCCCAGCGCGAGGACCUGAAGGGAGGGAAGAUCAAGCUCUUCGACACACCAAGCAAGUCGGUCAUCUCGCUUACCUUCGACCUGCCGCCUCCUGCCCCGCUCCAGCUCAGUACCCCCGUGACGCCCGAUCCCGCCGUGGAGGUGCAGUGUGACUUCUCGGCCCCCACUGCCACCCCCCGCAGGUGCCACUCGCUGCCCGCCUCCCCCGAGCUGCCCCACCGGGGGGGCCUGGCGCUGGGCGUGGGGUCCCCCCGUCCUGACGACAACCCCCAGCCCCCUGCCCUCCUUCCUCCCCCAGCCUGGGGACGAGCCCCCCCCCUCUGCCCCAGGGUGGAGGAGCAGACGGACCGCGGCCCCGAGAGCCCCGAGCCGCUGCAGCCCCCUCCGCCACCCCCCAACAGCAACUUCAUCCGCACAGCAUCCUCGGGCGCCCAAACCUGGCAGCCAGAGCCGCAAGCCCCCAGUGGGCUCUUUUUCAACAACAACCACGUGGUGGUCAGCAAACCCCUGGCUUGGGGGAGCGGGCUGGAGCACGGCUUCUCCGAGCUUAGCAUCCCCAGUACGGCGGCGCUGGAGCAGACGGAGCGUGCGGCCAUGCUGCCCGGGCACAGCUCCGGCACCGCGCUGGAGCAGGACGAGGUGCUGCCGUGCCCCGGCUGCUGCCUGGGUCCCUUCAGCUUCGCCUCCGUCUGCCACCGGCCAGCACCCAGCCCGCCCCGCUACCAGAACCUCAGCUGCGAAGCCAAGAGCCUCCUCUGCCAUGACCGGGGCCGCCACCAGAAAGCCCCGGGGCCGGUGCUGGCGGAGCCCAGCCUGAAGCUGCCGGAGGCGCAGUCCUAG